AUGAAUUUCGGAAUUAAACCAGAUGUAUCAAGUGGUCCUCGUAAAGGCGGCCCAUUUAAAGAAUUAUCAGACUUUUCUAAAACCUCACCAACUCCACAACAACCCAGAUCAUUAUCAGGAAAAUCAGUUAUGCUACCAUAA